UUAUUUUUUUGCUGUUACUACAACAUCACUGUGCAACAGAACAGGAAAGGGAAGAGUAACGCCUUGUUUUGCAAUUCUGAUGUUAGGAGGUAAAAAAAAUAUACCUACUCAACUGCUUUUGCUUACAAAUGUUUUCCCUUGCUGUUCAAUCAAAGAAGGAAAGAGGAAAAGAGAACUAGGACAUCAAAACAUUAUUUUUUUAAAAAAAUAUGAUUAAGAAGAAUACAAAAAUAGCAUAGAUGAAAUUAAGGACAAUUAAUGAGCUAGAGACAAGAGUGUCAAGCUUAUCCUGUUGAAGACAAGCACAUAAAAGCUCAGGCAUGGUUCUUAUUUACAGCUUGUAGAAUUAAAGGAGAUUGCUGAGAUUAUGACCAGUUUCUGUACUUCGUUAGCUAUAAAUUCUUAAAAGUGCUAUGCCAAGUGUACUAUGGCUGUAGCCAGGCGGCAGAGAAACCCAAGUUGUAGAUGCAAAUAUUCCUCUGGCAUUGCGGCAUGGGGAAGGUGAUCUCCCCAUCACAUCAACCUCUUGCUGGUAAUUCCUGCCCAGUCUCUCACGACCCUGAAAAACAACAAAGACGCUGCUAAGUCUUACAGCGUGGUUAGAUCUUUUGCGUGGGGUGUCGGUGGGUGCGCAGGGCCCAGGGAGCCCCGUUUCUAAGCCCCCCCCCCGCUUUCCAACAGGUCCAACUGUGCUAUGAGGCGUUGGGGCACCUCACCCCACCACCUCUGCCGUCCACGGCAAAAAACGAGACGGGGACGUGGAGGCCGGGGGUGGCGUGGACGACGACGGACAUGUUGGCUAGUGCAGCCACCACGGCAGCACCACAUCCCGCCCCGCCUGCAUCGCGGUCCUGCUGCGAGGCCUGCCCCCCCCCCAGCGCUGCCGGGGACCCGCGGCUGCUCCUCCCGCACCGCCACGGCGAAAGGCGGGCCGCUCGCGAACUUUUAACUUGCGUGGCACGGCCCGGCGCUGCCGAGGGGCAGGCCGCGGGGCCGGGCCCGGGGCGGCAGGUGCCUCCCUCUGCGGUCACGGCGCGGCCGCCGCUGCCACGUCAGGGGAGUUUCCCGGGGCGGGCUGGGCCGGGCCCGGCCUUUCUCCUCCUCCUCCGGCCCCCGCUGCCGGAGACGCUGCGGAGGGAGGGAGGGAGGGAGCUGCCAUGGAGGCCCGGUACAACCUGAAGAGCCCGGCUGUCAAACGUCUGAUGAAAGAGGCUGCAGAACUGAAGGAUCCUACAGAUCAUUAUCAUGCACAGCCUUUGGAGAUUUCGAAGUGUACCGGUUGUGCAGUAAGGCACAGUAGCUGUUUCAAAACUGUUUAUGGAGAAGCAAAAGAGGAUGGGAAUUCUCUGGAUAAUCUUUUUGAAUGGCACUUUACUGUUAGAGGGCCUCCAGAUUCAGAUUUCGAUGGAGGGAUUUAUCACGGGCGAAUAGUACUACCACCUGAGUAUCCCAUGAAACCACCCAGCAUUAUUUUGCUGACGGCCAAUGGCAGGUUUGAAGUGGGGAAGAAAAUUUGUUUAAGCAUCUCAGGGCAUCAUCCUGAAACAUGGCAGCCUUCAUGGAGUAUAAGAACAGCUUUACUAGCCAUUAUUGGAUUUAUGCCAACCAAAGGUGAAGGAGCAAUAGGAUCUCUAGAUUAUACACCAGAAGAAAGAAGAGCUCUUGCAAAGAAGUCACAAGACUUCUGUUGUGAAAUGUGUGGCACAUCUAUGAAGACAGCCCUCUUACCACUAACAUCCGGAAGCGUGUCAAGCCAAGCGGACAAGGAGGCUAAAGAGCUUGCCAGACAAAUUAGCUUCAAGGCAGAAGUCAAUUCAUCCAGGAAGUCUGAUGCUGGACCCUCAAACAUGUCAGGAUUGAGCCACUCUGCUCCUUCACGUGAGCCCCAGCAGGAUGGUGCAGCUAGAGCAUUCCAGGAUCCAACAAGUGCAACGUCUGAAACUCAGAACAGCAGCACAGCAGCCAGCCAAGAGCAUACUCCGCCUGCGUCCACUAACACAUCUCUGAGCCCUCGGCAGCGCCGUGCCCAGCAGCAGAGCCAGAGACGGGCCCCGUCUUCGACUGACUUCAAUCGGGUGCAGCAACCACGAGUCAACAUGAACCACACUGGAUCAACUGUUCUCAUUGUUCUUCUGACUUUUGCAUUGGCAGCCCUUAUCUUUCGUAGAAUAUGUUUGGCUAACGAGUAUAUAUUUGAGUUAUAAGGUUGGUUGUUGUAACAGCAGUGACUUGAAUGCUUCGGUGAGCGUUCUGCAUUGGGUAUGACAUGAGAACUGUUUACAAAGAUUACUUUUUGUAUUUACGCUUAAAUCCUUAUGAAUGUUAAUGUACCUACAGAUGCAUUACUUGUAAGAAAAGCAAAGUUGGACAUUUAACUACAAGUGUUAAUUGAAUGCCCACUGGAUACUUGGAGAAAAGGUGCAGUGGCAUAGUAACAUUAAGGCAUGUGUGGGGGAGAGUCAAUUUGAGUAAUUUAUCAACUAGAAAAAGACAAUUUAAAAGAAGUUGUUGAUUCACUUUUUUAUGGAACGUAAAUGCAAUUGAUCACCCCUUCUAAGUUAGUACAAGAUUUGACAUUGGAUAAGAAAUUAUAAAAUUAAACACUACUAUGUGUUUGUGUCCAGUGAACUCUUAAUUUAGAAGGGAUACAUUUUGUAACCACUUUAAUUUACCAUGAGACAUUUCUAGAGGGGGAACACACAUAUAUGAAUUGGUUGUGAUGCUGCUUUGUGUGUGUGAAAGGGGUAAGGGGGUGGAGGAGGAAAGAAGGGGCCAGAAAACUACUUGCGUUAUUUUGAUUUUCAUUUUUUGGAAGAAAGAUUGGAUAAUCUUUUGCAAGAUUUGAAAGUCCUCUUCUAAUACUCUCAAUUGUAUAUCUUGUUUUUUGUUUUUGUUUUGUUUUGUUUUUUAAAUUGAAGAUUAUAUAAAACAUGUCUAUUCUUGCAAUAGUUAUAAAUAUGUAAUAUAAUUAUUUACCCAGAGCUAUUGUCUUUUAAUUAUACCAGAAAUAUACAUAAUGUGUUAAACUGAAAGUUUCAUAUGUGGUUUUAUUUACUAAAGAAAAUUUAAACCUUAUUAUACCUAAACUGUCAUAUAUAUAUGAACAUGCUUAAGAGAAAUAUUUAUUAAAACCCUGGUAGUAAUAAACAGUUUCAAGCCAGUCGUCAGUUA